CAAAAGAUGUUUUUUCAUUUCUUAAGAUUAUAAAGAAUGAGCAGCAGACACAUAUUUCUAAUGGAAGAUGGUCGAGGAAUCGUAACCUGUUCCCUUUGAGUUAGAUCCUGAAGAUGAAGAUUUGGAAAGUAGAAUCUCUCUUGCGACCGAGAGAGUAGAAAAAUAUAUAGCCGACAAAGUGCGCAACGACAAUAGCGAUGGUGUUUAUACUGAUGAUCAGAAGACUUUAUUUUUAUACUAUUUGAAAAUCAAGUUUUUUUCCGCAGCUAAAGCAGGCGAACGCGCUGGGAUUGUUCCGAGGACAGCUCAGGCCUGGGCAAAAAGAAACAGAACAGACCCUGACUGGAAUAUUUAUGAGAAAAAAAAACAAACAAGAUGGGAAAUCGACCAAAAAGCCAACUUCAGGAACCUCAAAAACAGCAUAUAAUUCAGUUGCUUGAUGAGAAGGCUUAUAGAACGACAGACGAGGUUGUUGAUAGUUUGACGAAAGCUUUUGAGGGAUUCUCAUUGAAACGUUCUACAGUGAAUAGCUUCAUUUUGCAUGAGUGUAAUCUGACAAGGAAAAGAUUAGUUCGUCAUCCUGCAGCUCGAAACGAUGAACAGCGUAUCCAAGAAAGAUACGAAUGGGUUAUCAAAUAAGAUAACUCAGAUACGAAUUACCUUCAAAACUACGUUUUUAUUGAUGAAUCUGGUUUUGAUAUCAACAUGAGGCCUUCUUAUGGUCGAUCAGCUAGUAGUACCCCUGCUAUA